GCCAGGCCCCAAGUGUAGGAUGGGGCUCCCCCUUCAAGGGCCGGUGGCAGCCAGAGCUGAUACAACCCCCUUGGUCUGGAGCCAGGACGCCAGUUGAGGAAGGCAGGAGUGUCUGGAGCUAUGGCUGGAGCCUCGGUGAAAGUGGCAGUGAGGGUUCGGCCCUUCAAUGCCCGUGAGACCAGCCAGGAUGCCAAGUGUGUGGUCAGCAUGCAGGGCAAUACCACCUCCAUCAUCAAUCCCAAACAGAACAAGGAUGCCCCCAAAAGCUUCACCUUCGACUAUUCCUAUUGGUCACACACUUCGGCUGAGGACCCGCAGUUUGCAUCUCAGCAGCAGGUGUAUCGAGACAUUGGGGAGGAGAUGCUGCUCCAUGCCUUUGAAGGCUACAAUGUCUGCAUCUUUGCCUACGGACAGACAGGAGCUGGGAAGUCCUACACCAUGAUGGGGCGUCAGGAGCCAGGGCAGCAGGGUAUUGUGCCUCAGCUUUGUGAGGACCUCUUCUCUCGUGUUAGUGAGAACCAGAGCGCUCAGCUCUCCUUUUCUGUGGAGGUGAGCUAUAUGGAGAUCUAUUGUGAGCGGGUACGCGACCUCUUGAAUCCUAAGAGUCGGGGUUCUCUCCGGGUCCGGGAGCACCCCAUCCUGGGCCCCUAUGUACAGGACCUAUCUAAGCUGGCUGUGACCUCCUAUGCAGACAUUGCUGACCUCAUGGACUGUGGAAAUAAGGCACGGACUGUGGCUGCCACCAACAUGAAUGAAACCAGCAGCCGUUCCCAUGCUGUCUUCACCAUCGUCUUCACACAGCGCUCUCAUGACCAACUCACUGGACUGGACUCAGAGAAGGUCAGUAAGAUCAGUUUGGUGGACCUUGCUGGGAGCGAGCGGGCUGACUCCUCAGGAGCCCGGGGCAUGCGUCUGAAGGAAGGUGCCAACAUUAAUAAGUCCCUGACUACUCUAGGGAAGGUGAUCUCAGCCCUUGCAGAUAUGCAAUCAAAGAAGCGAAAGUCGGAUUUUAUCCCUUACAGGGACUCUGUACUCACCUGGCUGCUCAAGGAGAAUUUGGGUGGGAACUCACGCACAGCAAUGAUCGCAGCUCUGAGUCCUGCAGACAUCAAUUAUGAAGAGACGCUCAGCACCCUCAGGUAUGCUGACCGCACUAAGCAAAUCCGCUGCAAUGCUGUCAUCAAUGAGGACCCGAAUGCUCGGCUGAUCCGAGAAUUACAGGAGGAGGUGGCCCGGCUGCGGGAGCUGCUGAUGGCUCAGGGCCUCUCAGCCUCUGCUCUUGGAGGUCUGAAAGUAGAAGAGGGGAGUCCUGGUGGUGUUCUGCCAACCGUUUCCAACCCCUCUACCCAAGCUUUACCGUCAUCUCCCCCUGCCCAUAAUGGGGAGAUAGAGCCCUCAUUUUCUCCCAAUGCUGAGCCCCAGAUUGGGCCUGAGGAGGCCAUGGAGAGACUGCAGGAGACAGAGAAGAUUAUAGCUGAGCUGAAUGAGACCUGGGAGGAGAAACUGCGCAAGACGGAAGCCCUAAGAAUGGAAAGGGAAGCAUUGCUGGCUGAGAUGGGGGUGGCCGUCCGGGAGGAUGGAGGAACUGUGGGUGUCUUCUCUCCAAAGAAGACUCCUCACCUGGUGAACCUGAAUGAGGACCCCUUGAUGUCUGAAUGUCUCCUCUACCACAUCAAAGAUGGUGUAACAAGAGUUGGCCAGUUAGAUGUGGACAUCAAGCUGACCGGACAGUUCAUCCAGGAACAACACUGUGUGUUCCGAAGCCUUCCUCAGCCAGAUGGAGAAGUGGUGGUCACCUUGGAGCCUUGUGAAGGAGCAGAGACGUAUGUCAAUGGGAAGCUUGUGACGGAGCCGCUGGUGCUAAAGUCAGGGAAUAGGAUCGUAAUGGGCAAGAACCAUGUUUUCCGCUUCAAUCAUCCGGAGCAGGCGCGCCUGGAGCGGGAACGAGGGGUUCCCCCACCCCCAGGACCGCCCUCUGAGCCUGUUGACUGGAACUUUGCUCAGAAGGAACUGCUGGAGCAGCAAGGAAUUGACAUCAAGCUGGAGAUGGAGAAGAGGCUACAGGAUCUGGAGAAUCAGUACCGGAAAGAAAAGGAAGAGGCCGACCUUCUAUUAGAGCAGCAGCGGCUGUAUGCAGACUCUGACAGUGGGGAUGACUCUGACAAGCGAUCCUGUGAAGAGAGCUGGCGACUGAUCUCCUCCUUGCGUGAGCAGCUGCCCCCUACCACUGUCCAGACCAUUGUCAAGCGCUGUGGCCUGCCCAGCAGUGGCAAGCGCAGGGCUCCCCGCAGGGUUUACCAGAUCCCCCAGCGUAGGCGGCUACAAGGCAAAGACCCCCGCUGGGCCACCAUGGCUGACUUGAAGAUGCAAGCUGUCAAGGAGAUAUGCUAUGAGGUGGCCCUGGCUGAUUUCCGCCAUGGUCGUGCUGAAAUCGAGGCCCUGGCUGCCCUCAAGAUGCGGGAGCUGUGUCGCACCUAUGGCAAGCCCGAAGGGCCUGGAGAUGCCUGGAAGGCCGUGGCCCGGGAUGUUUGGGACACAGUGGGAGAGGAGGAAGGAGGCGGAGGUGGCAGUGGUGGAGGAGAGGAAGGAGCCCGGGGUGCAGAGGUCGAGGACCUCCGGGCUCACAUUGACAAGCUGACAGGGAUUCUGCAGGAGGUGAAGCUGCAGAACAGCACCAAGGACCGUGAGCUGCAGGCCCUGCGGGACCGCAUGCUCCGCAUGGAGAGAGUCAUCCCCUUGGCCCAGGAUCAUGAAGAUGACAGUGAAGAAGCUGGUGAGAUCACCUGGGCUCCAGCUGAAGGGUCAGAGGCCGUAGAAGAGGCAAUGCCCAGUGACCGAUCGUCCUCUGCCCAGCCCCCCACACCCCCUGUGUCCAGUUGGGAGCGGGUAUCGAGGCUGAUGGAGGAGGACCCUGCCUUCCGCCGUGGCCGUCUUCGCUGGCUCAAGCAGGAGCAGCUGCGGCUGCAGGGACUGCAGGGCUCUGGGGGGCGGGGAGGGGGGCUGCGCAGGCCCCCAGCUCGCUUUGUGCCCCCUCAUGACUGUAAGCUCCGCUUCCCCUUCAAGAGCAACCCUCAGCACCGGGAGUCUUGGCCAGGAAUGGGGAGCGGAGAGGCCCCAGCUCCACCCCAACCCCCUGAAGAGGUCACUCCCCCUCCCGCUGCCCCUGCUCGAAGGCCUCCAAGUCCCCGCAGGUCCCACCGUCCUCGCAGGAACUCCCUGGAUGGAGGGGCCCGAUCUCGGGGAGGGGGUUCCACACAGCCCGAGCCCCACCACUUCCAACCUAAGAAGCACAACUAUUAUCCCCAGCAGCCCCAACCUUACCCGGCCCAGAGGCCCCCAGGGCCCCGCUACCCUCCAUACACUACUCCCCCACGGAUGAGACGGCAGCGCUCAGCUCCUGAUCUCAAGGAGAGUGGGACAGCUGUGUGAAUCCUACAUCUUGGACAGAGAGGCCCUGGCGAGGCCUUUGCUGGGAGAGGGAAAGAUGCUUCCCAGAAGCCCUAGGUCAGAGAGGCCAGAGGAGGGAGAGAGAGAGAGAAGGUCCGAGCAGGUGAUGGAAGAUAGGGUGACUGAGCUGGAGGCUGAGGGAAGGAAUAGGGCACGGAGUUGCCAGGAGCAAACCAAAGUGAAGGAAGAGUAAUAGGAAGCUGCCUUGGGGCCCCCCUUUGCAAGGGGGAGUCCCACAAACGCUGCUAUGGGUGGGUGGGGCUAGAGGCUGCAUAGCCAGUGUUUGACUUUAUUUUUGAGUGGGUGCAAAGGGGAGAGAACUGAGAGGAGAGUUCUCCCCAGCCUGUCUGUCUGUCUAUCUGUGGUGGGUUUCUGUUUCCAGGGAGGUGUGGUAGGAUCUUAAGUCAUUCCCCUCCCCUUCCAGGCCUCCUGCUGUAUUUAGGGGGACCUGUGUGGUUUGGCUGGAGUCCCAUAAGGAUGUGGGACCCCUUAAUAAAAGUUAGCAAGCAGGG